AUGGCUUCAGUAUCACCAUACGUCCCUACAUACCACGACACACCAGUCAAUUUCUCUGGACCAACAUCAUCUGGCAAUGCGACUGUCCACUACGUCGAAGCUGGCUCUCCAAGUUUCCCAACGGUCCUACUUCUGCAUGGAUUCGCCAGCAGCUCGUACCAAUAUCGCGAGUUCAUUCCUUUGCUGUCAGACUCCUACCAUGUCCUGGCUCCUGACAUACCCGGCUUCGGCCUCACGACAGUCCCUGAUAACUUCAACUACACAUUCGACAAUCUUGCUGCAGUGAUCACGGCUUGGAUCUUGGCCUUGAACCUGAGCCCCUUUGCCCUGUACAUCUUCGACUACGGCGCGCCUGUUGGCCUGCGUUUUGCCAUUCAACAUCCGGACAAGAUCAAGGCGAUCAUCAGUCAAAACGGAAACGCCUACAAUGAGGGAUUCGGGCAACCCUUCUGGCAGCCAGUGUUCAAUCUCUGGAACAGCUCCAACGCCGAAGCCGAGCGAGAAGUCAUCAGGAACAGCGUACUCACACUGGAGACGACCAAGUACCAGUACACUGAAGGCGUCCCAGAAGCAGACUAUCCAUUACUGAACCCAUCAGCCUGGACGUUCGAUUACUUGCAGAACAUUGCUGGCGAGAACAACACCGAGCAUCAGGUUGACCUCUUCUACGAUUACCGUACGAACCCAGGGACUUACUACCCCAAGUUCCAUGAGUACUUCCGUAAUUCGAAGGUCCCGAUCCUCGCAGUUUGGGGGAAGGGAGAUCCUGCGUUCAUUCCACCUGGCGCAGAGGCGUUCAAGCAGGAUUCUCCUGAUGCGGUUGUGAGAUUUGUGGACUCUGGUCACUUUGCCUUGGAGACGAAAAGGUGGGAGAUCGCUAGGAUCAUGAGGGGAUGGUUAACUAGUAUUGGCUAUUAG